UGCAUCUUGUUGCAGCUUCAUCCAGGGAGGUGGAGAGCGAGAAAGAGAGAGAGAGAGAGAGAGAGUUCUCUGAAUUCAACAAUGGGACGUGAAAUCGAGCUUGAUCUUGAUAGCGAUGCGUUGGCGGAGGAGGAGAAGAAGAAGAUGGUAGAAAUCAAUUUGAGAAUAAUCGGCCCAUCUCCACCGUCUCGCCUCGUCGUUCCUUCUUCCAUCAAAGUUCAUGAUUUGAGAAAAAUGAUUGCCAAAAAUCGCCAUUUGCCUAUCGAAGCUUUGAAGCUUGUUUUGCAAGGAAGAGUAUUGCAUGACAUCCAAAAUGGGGAUGAUCAAACAAUUCAAUUCAACAAUGGAGAUUCUUUGAUCAUUGCUGUAAAACCAAAGUCUCCCCCCAAACACAUUCGGGAUGAAUUUGACGAUGAGGAUGAUGAUCUGAAGUUUCAUCUACCGCAAACAAGUAGUAGGUGGAAAAAGAGGCUUUUCUCUAUAUUACGCGAAAAAUUGAAGCUUCCGGAUAUGCUUUUGAUGGCAAUUUUCUCAAUCAGUUUUAAAAUGUGGGCUAUUAUUGUCAUGUGGUUUAUUCUGGCACCCGUUGCCCAUAGAUUUGGCAUUGGACCAUUAUACAUACUCGGGACAGGAUUUGGGAUUAUAUUCUAUAAUCUUGGACAUCGGCAGCAGGGGGAACUCAGUGCAUACUCUAUAUUCAACGAAGAUUUCAGAGAGCUUCCCGGAACUCUUAAUGCUGACCACAUCGACAGAGACAUUCGAGCAGGUCGGUUAUGAGGUUCCGUAAUUUUCCCCGCGAAACAAUCCCUGUCGGUGUUAGCUAGGGCCACAAACCCCUCGAUGUAUAAUGUUGUAUCUACAUAGGUUUCAGCUGUGGGACUGUGUGUCUGUGUCUUCCCCCUUGUACAGGAAACCAACCUGGACCAUAUAACAUUAAUAUAUGAUAGCAAAAUUCCAUAAAGGGCCAUUUAUUAGGCCUGCAAAUUUUGUUCAUUGCGUAUGAAAGAGGGAUUCAUUUUGCCACUCCCUUCCAAUUCCCCCUUGAGGCAGAGACACAGAUGAGCCAGACUGAUCAUUUCUUAUCAUGACAUGAAAAGUCAAAAUUUUUCUUGUUU